CCGGAGUGUUAGCCGUCGGAUCGUCGCCGGUUCUCCGUCAGUUCGUCGCCAGUUCUCCGUCGGUUCGUCGCCAACAGUUCGUCGGGUCUCCUUCGCCGAUAGUCACCAUGUCAGGAGAAGUAGUUGCUUCUUCUAACCCUAAAAAGGCAAGGCUGAUUCAUGAUGCCUCCUCCAUAUACUAUCUCCAUCCCUCCGAAGGUCCGGGUAAUUCUUUGACAAAAUAUCUCCUCAAAAGUGAUAAUUUUGAUGUGUGGGAGAAGGCAAUCCGUAAUGCGUUAGGUGGUCGUGGAAAAGCUGUUUUUUUGUCACCCACGGGAGUUCCCAAACCUGUUGAUGAAGGCGAGUUGUCUGCUUGGUGUGCAAAUCAUCAAAUUAUUUGUAGUUGGAUUUUUAAUAGUGUUGAUGAAUCCAUUCAACCAAGUAUUGUGUCUCACUCAAUUGCUUAUGAGCUGUGGGAUGAUUUGAAGAAACGCUACAGUUGUUCCAACGGGCCGCGUGUCUACCAAUUAAAAUCAGAGUUGAACUCUCUCCGUCAAAAGGGUCAAAGUGUUGUUUCUUAUUACAAUCAAUUCAUUACCUUGUGGAAUCAAUUAAAUGGUACUUCUGAUCUCACCGGGGGCUGCUGGUGUGAAGCCGGGGCUGUCACACGUGCUCGUAUUGAACGUGACAAGACCGUGGAUUUCUUGCUUGGUUUGGAUGAUGAACAAUUCGGAAAUAUUCGUUCACAGAUUAUUGGUACAGAACCUGUGCCCGACCUUGACCGUGCAUAUUUUUUGGUCACCCAAGAGGAGCGUCAUCGCCACAUUAUUCGUAAUCGAGAUGAUCGCACGGACUCCGUUGCAUUUGCUGCCAGACCUGACAAACGCCCUCCGGGUCCAAGCAGAUCAUGUUCGCAUUGUGGUCGUACUAAUAAUAGCGUGGACACAUGUUUUGAGCUUAUUGGAUUUCCAGCACAAUUUGCUCGUGGUGGAGGACGUGGUCGUGGCAGUCGUGGUGGCUCGUCGUCAGGUGGCCGUGGUGGUCCUCGGCAUGGCAGCGCCUCUCAAGCUCUUGCCGGCAGUGGGCAGUCCGUCCCAGGCAGUGGCAGCGGCGGUCAGGCUGCAGUUCAUGCUUCCGUGUCGGACUCAAGUGGCAAUCUCAGUGAUCAAAUGUCUCGCUUGAUGUCUAUGUUAGAGGCCUCGGCAUCUCAUGCUUACACCGGACCGUUUGUCGAAGAUGGUGAUUGGUCAGGGUGAUUUGCGAAACGGCGUGUACGUCUUUGCUCCAGUUCCUGCGUCAGCCCUCGUAGCUAAUAUUGAUCCCCUUGUUCUUCAUCAAUGGUUGGGCCACCCCUCCGCAGAUGUUCUUUCUUUUGUUGGUACCAAUAAAACUCAGUCUGUUGU